AUGCUGGUUGCUAUGGUGGUCGCUAGGUUAGAAGGCCAGCGCCUCCUGAGAGGCCUGAAGGGUGCAGCACUGUGUGUCGGCAAAUUAGAGCCGGAGACGGCCGAGCCAGUCAUCGGCGACAGCGACGACUCAUUUGCUGUCUCUCCAACAGUCACCCACGGGCUCAGGAAAGUAAUUCUCACCGAUCGCUGCUCUUUCAGCUUCUGCAGCAGCAACAGAGACAGGGCUUCCAGUGGCAGCAACAGAGACAGGGCUUCCAGUGGCAGCAGCAGAGACAGGGCUUCCAGUGGCAGCAACAGAGACAGGGCUUCUAGCGGCAGAGACAGGGCUUCCAGCGACAGUGACAGGGCUUCCAGCAGCAGCAGCAUAGACAGGGCCUCCAGCAGCGUCAGCACCACGGACACGACCCUUAGCAGUGGCAGCAUGGACAGAACUUCCGGCACCAGCAGCAGGGAGAGAACUCUCAGUAUCGGCCGCAGGACUUUCAACAUCAGCAGCAUCAACGGGACCUUCAGCAGCAGCGGCAUUGACGGGACCUUCAGGAGCAGCAGCACAGACAGGUAAGGCAUCAUCCAGGGAUUCCACAGGUAAGUAUCCCUCAUGCUUCUCAGGUCCGGCUGGGUGAACAGCUGGGGAGUCAUGGUGGCACUUGGGAAUCUUGUAGACUCCAGUGAAUUUUCUGUCAGGAGAUAUUGGAGGACUGUUAGUGCAGGAGUUAUCACUCUCAGAGUCUGAAGCGUCACUCUCUGACAGUUGAACAGGGCGGUUCCUUGUUCUGGGUUGUCGUGUCGUUCCCUUCUCGGGUUGCUCUAGAGGUUCCU